AUGUUUAUUACGAGUACGACACAAACAUUUAGUCAAUCACUUGAAUUAAUUCGUGAUUCCACUUAUGUCAAUGGACUUUCUUCAGGCCACUUGACCAAUUUCUUUCCUUUAAUUCUUCCCUCAACAAACAGUGAAAAUAUCACCCAAUAUGUCUAUGCAGCAGGAUCAAUCAUUUAUGUACAUGAUAUAUAUCAUUGCUCAUGUGGUGAAACUCCUUUAUGCACAGUACCAAUUUAUGCCGAUGAAAAUGAUUCAUUCGUGGUACCGGGAAUGCGCACUGGAUGUUUCAUCAUUGAAGCUCUUUUACAAUCGAAUCUUAUCUGUUUCUACAAUCAAUCAUGUAUUGAAACACUGAAACAUAUCAUUAAUCCUAGUAUUGAACUGAAUACAACAGCACUCGAUAAAUCUUUACCCAGUCUAUUUGCGGUCGAUGCAACACUUGGUAGUAUUGUUGCUAAAUUAAUGGUUGAAGAAUGGAUUAAUACAACAUCACACAAGGCAUACUAUGAUCGAUGUCAACCAAUCACAUGUACUUAUUCAUAUGUAGACAAAAACAGAUGGUUUGUUGUGAUCACCACUGUUAUUGGAUUGAUUGGAGGUUUACAAAUAAUCCUGAGAAUGAUUUUACCUCUUCUCAUUGAAUGGAUUCGAUCACCUCGAAAUGUGGAUCAAGGUAAGCUAAAUCAGAAUCGUUGUUUACAGAAAACCUUGUAUUUGGAAUUACAAACUCGCAUUCAGUAA